CCUGGACCAACAACGCGUGUGCCUCUACGGAGUACUAACUGAUUACUUGCCUUACGGAGUACUUGCCUUCCAUCCACAUCCACGUCCACAUCUACGACUAAACUACGCCCUGAGUGCUGACGUCUCCCAUUACCAGCCAUGUUAGAUCUUCACGGUGGCCUUUCUCAAUUUGCCCCUUCAAUCACGUUCCUGGUCUCGACGGUUCGACCCGCCUUCUUUUCAGAGUCGUGACAAAACUCUUUGCUGGUGGAUCUGACGGGGCACACGGCCUCGGGGCUCACGGCCUCAGGGCACAAGGUCCCGGUCAGCUCGUAUGUUUUACACGGUGGUGGCCGACUCUUGUCGUCAUGGAUUACUUAGGUAUAUAACAUGGGCUUCAGCUGUCAAAAGCGUUUGGGUUUCUGCCUAUUCCUGCGGUUGAAUCCAACAAGUCAAAGUAAUCCAGGUAACCAGGUUCUUUAUCACCUAGGUUAUCUAUCUCAUCAGACCAUUUCUUUCCAAACCCUGUUACUCUCUUUCUAUCCACCCUCGUUCAGACAUCCAUCAUGCAUACUUUCCUUGUCGCGGCGACGUUGGCUCUCGCCAGUACAGUCGUCGCCUUCCCUGGGAGAUGGGCGGAAUGGGGCAACUAUGGAGGUGGAUUGAAUGCCACUGGCGUUCAAUACCUCAUCACUGGAUAUACAUAUCUGCUGGAAUAUCCUACAGGUCCAAACUUCAAUGCGACUGCCAAUGCCAUCUUGUCCGACAAGUUCUUUGUCUCGUCUGACUCAAUCAACACGUUGUCUGGACGUCCGCUCGGUGUACCAGCAUAUCCCAGCAAACAAGCAUUCAUACUCGGUCAGGCACAGACGCCGGCACUGCCAGGUCUUCAGACUUUGGGCUACUUCUACAGCUCGGACCAAAUCGCAUGGCGGUGGAAUGUCACCCAAUUCGGAACUCGACAGAAUGAGAUCAAAGGUAUCAUUACCUUUGACGUCAAUCCGCAGAGUCUGCAGAUCGAUGCCGUCUAUUCCGAGUUCAACACAAUCGCAUUCAAGGAAAAUAUCCCCCAAUAAUGAACCAGAUCAGAUGCUUAGGAGUUUGUGAUGUGUUUAAUUGACGGUCUUUCUUUUGUUGGUGUACGGGACGCAUAAAAUUUGGGUUUUAAGGAUGUACACAUUGAUGCGCAAUGAUGGUGCAAUAGGGCAUGGGAGUUUGUUGGCCAAAUUCGCAUUGGUAUUUCGUAACGAUCCGGUGGAAUAGUGGAUGAUUUCCUGGUACAUCGCAUGCCUUUGCAAUUAUAGUUCCGUGUCCGUAGACUUAUAUUUCUUU